AUGGCUGAGAAGAGCAAAGCUGGAAAGCAUGAGGAGGGACCAGUAGGUCAUCUAGACCGGAAAGUUUCAUUGCUAGAAUACAUCCAAUAUGCAAUGAUCACAAGAGCAGAGGAAGAAGCCCGGAUGGGCUCAGAGUUGUCUUCCUUUGAGACCAGUCGUUUUGGUUUCCUAAGUCUUCUCUAUCCGAAAGGGUCUGAUGCAAUUCUGCGAGAUAUUGUUGGGCAAUCUGUACAGCAGCCUACCACUUAUGUCUCUGAUAUGGAAUGGGCCAACGCAUCAAGGGCUCUUCGCAAUGCCACCUGGGGAGCCGUCUUCUUCCUCAUCACAACCGAUAUGUUCGGCCCUCUUACCGUCCCAUGGGCCAUUUCUCAGCUGGGAUAUGUCCCGGGCGUCGUUUUAUAUACUGUUUUUGGCGCGGUUGGCGGAUAUACGACACAUCAACUUUGGACCAUAUUUAUCCUUUUGGAUUCUAGCCGUUAUCCGUUGAAGACAUACGGAGAGAUGGCGUAUCGCAUCUAUGGUCCAUGGGCUCGUGGCGUUUGCAAUGUCCUUCAAAGUCUCCAGUUGUUCUUCAGUGUCGGUCUCCUGAUUCUCAGCAACGGACAAGGAAUUUCCCAGCUGUCUUUUGGCAGGUUAUGCUUUGUCGUGUGCAAUCUAGUAUUCACCAUUGCUGGAUGCUUGGUAGGCCAGGUUCGAAGCAUUCAGCGCUUUCAAUGGUUGGCAAAUAUAGCCAUAUGGUUGAAUAUUGCCAUUCUUUGCAUUACAAUGGGUGCUGUUGCCAACUCAGCCCCUAAUUACGAAGCUGCAGCCGCUCAAAGCCUUGUACAACCGGGUCCAGUCGUCACCAGUGUUGACGUUCCAGAAGGGUCCAUAUUUCAGGGUCAGAUAAUUGGUCUACUGCAAGCGAUUUACGCCUAUGGAGGAGCUAUGAUAUACUGCGAGAUCAUGAAUGAGAUGAAACGGCCUUGGGACUUUUGGAAAUCAUUUAUUCUUGCCCAGACCUUCAUCUUUUGUUUCUACAUGUUCUAUGGUCUAUUCGUCUACUCCUACCAAGGGCAAUUCACAGUGCUUCUAUCGAACCAGGGUAUCUCUAUUGAUUCCUUGCGUACUGCCUCCAAUUCUCUUGGAAUUGUCUCGUCACUGAUCCUGGCAUGUCUCUACGGGAACAUUGGUAUCAAAGUAUUCUACAAGUAUAUAGGUGUUGAAUGGCUUCAUUUCCCCGAUCUCAACACUACCCAGACGGGCAAAAUUCUUUUCGCUGGUUUGGUACCUGUGUACUGGAGUCUUGCAUUUGUUAUUUGCUCCGCAAUUCCUAAUCUUACUAACUUCAGCGCCUUGAUAGCAGCUGUGUGUGUCUUGCAAUUCACUUUUACCUUCCCCCCGAUCCUCAUGGUGGGUUUAAGCGUCCAGCGAGAAGCUGAAACUCUCCAGCAGCCAUUCAAUCCACAGGCCGAAAACGCCGCGCCCCCUGCACCGCUUAAGCUUGAACACUUGGUGAAGGCCUACAAGAAACACUGGAUUAUGAAUACUAUAAAUAUUCUCUUCUUUCUUGCUUCAUUAUCCCUGGCUGGUUUAGGCAUAUAUUCUAGUAUUUACUUAUUACAAAUCACAUUCGCUACCAACGACAACAUCACAUCGUUUACCUGUGUCAGUCCGGUUGGUUAA